AGGAUUCAGAGAAAAAAUGAAGCAAGCUCCACUUGAAGAUCUAAGGGAUUUCCGGCACUAGAAAAGUUGCAUACAGUUUUCGGUAACCUGCAGCAGGGGGCGCUCGGAAAUUGUCGUCACUUUCCGGGUAGUCUCCCAAGACUUUACCCUCUAGAAAACUGUACAGUGUUUCCGGCUUUUCUCAGUUGUAGACGCUCGUAAGUUUCCGGCAGUUUCCGGGGAGACUCGGGGACUCUGCGUCUGUCUCGCUCGGCUCCGAGUGCCCGGUGCGGCGGGGCAGGGUCUGGGGCUAGUCAUGGCGUCCCCGUCUCGGAGACUACAGACGAAACCAGUCAUUACUUGCUUCAAGAGCGUCCUCUUGAUCUACACUUUCAUCUUCUGGAUCACUGGUGUUAUCCUUCUUGCGGUUGGUAUUUGGGGCAAGGUGAGCCUGGAGAAUUAUUUUUCCCUUUUGAAUGAGAAGGCCACCAAUGUCCCCUUCGUGCUCAUUGGUACCGGUACCGUCAUUAUUCUGUUGGGCACCUUUGGCUGUUUUGCUACCUGCCGAGCUUCUGCAUGGAUGUUAAAACUGUAUGCAAUGUUUCUGACUCUCAUUUUUUUGGUUGAACUGGUCGCUGCCAUCGUAGGAUUUGUUUUCAGACAUGAGAUUAAGAACAGUUUUAAGAAUAAUUAUGAGAAAAUUUUAAAGCAGUAUAACUCUACGGGAGAUUAUAGAAGCGAUGCAGUAGACAAGAUUCAAAAUAAGUUGCACUGUUGUGGUGUCACCGACUAUAGAGAUUGGAAGGAUACUAAUUAUUACUCAGAAAAAGGAUUUCCCAAGAGUUGCUGCAAACUUGAAAAUUGUUCUCCACAGAGAGAUGCAGAUAAAGUAAACAAUGAAGGUUGUUUUAUAAAGGUGAUGACCAUUAUAGAGUCAGAAAUGGGAGUGGUUGCCGGGAUUUCUUUUGGAGUUGCUUGCUUCCAGCUGAUUGGAAUCUUUCUAGCCUACUGUCUCUCUCGCGCCAUAACAAAUAACCAGUAUGAGAUAGUGUAAACAGCAAACCAUGGGCCUAUUCCUCUUCAACUUUAAGGACAUUUACAUCCCCCCUGUAAGCUAUGAAAUUGCCUGGAUGGAAGACUAGCUACUACUGCUUACAAUAGACCAAAAACUUACAUAAGUAGUCUGAUUCAAUCAAGACGUGUUCAGUUUAAGUCCACCUUUUGUCCCAUUGAUGUUAGAUCAUUGAAACCCCUGUAUCACUGUGAAACACUGGAAGAGCUAGUAAAUUGCAAAUGAUGCAAUACCGUGUUCCUCUUGACUUUUAUUUUUCAAAAUCGCAUUGUGAAUCUGCUAUUUUGAUGUGGUGUUACAAAGUGACCGCUCUGAAUUUGCUGACUGAUGUAAUGUGAUAGAAAAUUGACCCUUCCGAACUGGCCUCUUCCCAGAUGAGUUAAAAUUAUUGUAUAAUUUUCAUCAAGUUAAGAUAUUUUCAUUACUCUCUGUUUUGCUCUCAAAUUUAUAUUUGAAAGGUUCUAAUUAUUACUUAAUGGUGUCGGAAUUACUGUAUUUUCCUUAGGAAUUGAAAGCAAUUCAUCUUCAUUAGCGUUAGCUGCUAUUUCUUUAUCAGGUUGAUGUGACUUAAUUGUCAGUAUCAUGGUCAACUAUAAUAGUCUUAGUUUUGGUUUGUGCCUUUGAUUAAAUAUAAAUCUUUCACACAAUAAAUGUUGUU